AUUUGACACUGACAAUGUGUUAAAGAUUAAUUAAUAAUUAAUUAUUUAUUAAAUUGUUUUGGGUGUUAAAUAAUAUCGUAUUUCGUUUGUAUACAAGAUAAGAAACUAUGUUUUGAUUGAAAUAUAAAACCACAAAGGCUCGCAUAUGAAUUUGGGUCUGUUUAAUCGUAUGAAUCUAAAAGAAAGCAGUGAAAGCAAAGGAAUGUACUCAGAAUGGACAUCCUUAAGUUUAACUACCCAAAGAGAAGGCGAAAGAAACCAGAGUGUUUUAGAAAAGUUUGGUUUGCCAAUUAGUAAAGAGAUUACAUUGGGUCUGGUGCACCAACUUGCCAGUAAUUUGGGAAUUACUCAACCUGCAGAACCCAGUCCAUUAACUUCAGAUAAGGAUGUCCAGUGGUGCAUGGAAGUUAUAUGUUUUGGCCUCUCUCUACCUUUAACAGAACAUGAAGCAAUAAAGGAUUGUGUGAAUGUUUAUUGUGAAUGGUUGACUGCUCUCUUACCUAAUCCUAAAAUAUGUGUCCCACAACCCAUUUUAGAUGAUCCGAAUAUUUACUGUAGAAAAAUAAUAGGACACCUGCAUUAUCUCUUCAUUCCUAGGAAAGGAGAAGACUGGCCCUUUCUAUAUCAGGACUUAGGUUUCGAUACUAUACACAGACAAGCCGUAUUUUGCCACAGAGUGUUAAGAACAUUGCAACAGAUAGCACAUGAAUCGAGAAUAUUGGAGAGGGAGACGUGGGAAGCUCUCUUGUUGUUUCUGCUGGGUAUAAACGAUACCUUACUGUCACCUCCAACAGUUAAAGACGAUGUAGCUGAUCAACUGUGUGAGAGAGUCUUAAGUGUUUUAUUUGAGAUAUGGUUAAUAGCAUGUUCACAGUGUUUCCCUUCUCCACCAUUGUGGAAAACACUAAAAGAAUCCUGCAUGAAUUGGAGACAUAGAGUGGCACUUAUCGAACAGUGGAACAGAGUAAAUCUUGCUCUAACUUCCAAAGUUCUUUUGUUUAUGUAUGGACCAACUUUUCCGGAGUUAAAAAUAGGCGAGGAUGAUUUGAUUCCUUCUGGUAUUUCGAAUGAUUGCAUUGCUCAGAGCUGGUACCGGUUUUUGAACACGAUAGGCAAUCCAGUGAGCCUGACUAAACCAAAGGUGAUUAGUCAAACUGAGAAGUUUCUCCAGUUCGCUAUAAGUACGGACGGAGUAGCUGAUCCUUGUCAGCACCCGUGUUUACAGAGUUUGCCGCUAAUCUUUUUGAAAGCAAUUAAGGGGAUAGCUGGACAAGUAGACGCUUUUUUGGGUGUUGCACAACACAUUUGGUGGGACAUUGUAGUGACAGGUGCUGGCACCGACAAGAUUAAGGAAGCACCGCCUCCAAUUACUCAUUCUCCUACACCGCCUACUCAGCGCCGAUUGGCUAAAAGUUUUAGUGUCACACCAUCUUCUGUCAAUAAGGGUAUACCCAAAACAUCAUUAAUAGGACUGACGACAAGUCGUAGCUCAGCGGUUCCUCCUCUCGUAAAUUCUGGUCCUUCGUCCACUUCGAGCAUCUCUUCGCUCACGUCCUUUAGUAAUGAACCUAAGACUCCUUUGGCACCGGGACGAGCCAAAUGCAACACUAUACUUCAUCUCUUUGGGGAGUGGCUCUUCGAAGCGGCCUUCAUUGGUUGUGAAAUGCCACAAAAAAAUAUUGGAGAACCCAAACGUCCUAACUCAUUUAUCAUGGAUGGUAAAUCGUCUAUGAACUUCUCCCAACCUGGUUCAAUGACCGAUUCCAGUGAGUUACCUACUGGUCUAACCAUAGAUAAAUACGAAAGCGGUAGAGCAGAAGCCCUGGGUACUCUAUGCCGGAUAAUGUGCGCGAAAAAGACUGGUGAAGAAAUUUUACCGGUUUAUCUUGCUAGAUUUUAUUUGGCCGUACUUCACGGUUUGAAAGUACCAUCGAAUAGAGAAUGCGGAGAAUGUAUGGCGGCGAUUCUAAUCAAUUCAGCGAACUUAUUCCAUUUAGACUUGGACGGUGUCAGAAUCCUAAUGCCGGCGUUUAUAUCGGCGCUCGAAGUCGUGCUACCAGAAAAAGACUUGAGGUUAAGCAACAAUAUAAACAAGAUAGAGCUCAGGAAGUCGUCCAUUCAGCUCUUGCUGUCCAUGUUGGUGUUGCCACUACACUUUCAGAAUGUUAUCAUUAAAGAGUUAAUUAAUACGGGUUCUAACGAAAAACCGGUCACAUUCCUUCAACUCAAACCUAAAUUAAUGAAUCUGUUGAUGAAUGCUCUACAGAUCGAAUCAGAUCCUCAAAAUACGCAUAUGCUCUUAGGAGGUCUUUUCCUCUGUGUGCAAGAUUCGGCUAUUUUUGAAAAAGUCGAGCAGGUUACUUUGACUUCCACUGAAGGUUCUAAUCUUCUGAGUUCAGCUUCUGACACAGCAAGUAUGGCGAGCAUGGCUAGCAGUGAUCGUUCCACAACACCCGAUCAGUUUGGUUCCAAUGAUUAUGAUCCACUAUUGCUCCCUUUAGAUUCAGCUCAUGCUUUGUUUGUAAGGGCUACAUAUCUGGUUUGCCACCGUUUGAUAUCGUCGUGGAAAACGGACUUAAACGUUUCUCUUGCAGCCUUAGAACUGUUGUCUGGAUUGGCUCGAAUUCACAUCAAAGGAUCAGAUGCUAUGGAGUGUAAAAGGGCUGUCAAAUGGCUUUGUGAUUAUAUAAUUUCGCAAUGUUCGAGACCACCUCCAGCUCAUUCAAAGGAUCUCCAUUCAACUAUAGUAGCUGCUUUCCAGUGUUGCUCAGUGUGGCUGUUAGAACACCCGUAUCUGUUGCGGGACAAGGAUUGUCUAACGACCGUGUUGGAGGUUGCUGAGUUGGGAAUAUCAGGCACAAAGUCGAUCGGAAAACCUGGCGAGCCGAUCAAAAUGAAAGAAGAAAAAGAUCUGAAACCAGCUUCUAUGAGAGUGCGAGAUGCGGCCGAAAGUCUUCUCACCUGUGUUCUAGAACAAGUCUUCUAUUUUCCCAGCGAAUGCGGCCCCGAGUCGAUAUCUUCUUUGUUGGAUGAGUUAGCGUUGUUAAAACAUUGCAACUCGUGGCCAAAUUCUUGCAACGAUCAGUCAGCAGCAGUGGAAAAGUUUAGGUACUUCGUGACUGAAGGAUCUGUAAUGUUGGCUCUUCUGGAGGAACCUCUUGGAAAUGAUAAGGAUCCCCAACCGACGGUAACACUGUUGAUACGUGGUCCCUUCGGUCGACACGCCUGGACCAUGCAGCUGCGACAUCUACCACGGCACAAAUCUGGAACGAAGUACCACGCCCACAACGCCUGUCGACCGGUAGUGAUGCAAGAGACUCCCGUGAGACCGGUGGUUAAGCAAAAAUACUUUCCCGACAGCGUAGAAAGGGUUAUGCAAUGCAAAGUAGACUUAUCCAUUCCAUCAUUAGAAUCAGUAUUAUCCGAAGACGAAAACAUUAAGAAGGAAAUUGACGUGAUACAGCAGCUUGUCAAUCGCCAAGCCUCAGUGGAGAAUAAUAUACACCAAUCACAAGUACACGAUAAUUUAUCAGAUUAUGCACCUCCUCCAGUAUGCCACGAAUUUCAGACGGCCCGCUUGUUUUUGUCUCAUUUUGGAUUGCUCUCUUUAGACGAAGCAGAGAACGGACAAGAAGAAAAUGGUCAUUUAGCAGUCAUAGACAGUAGCGCAAAUGAUUUUUGCAACGAUCUCUCCCUGUUAGACAACAUGAGUCCACGAACAUGCGAUACCGUACACGUGUUCUACGUAAAAUCGCAGCAGAACCACGCUCAGGACAUAGUAAGCAACGUCUUGAAUGAACACGAGUUGUCUCCGUAUUUUUCGGAGUUCAUCCACACUUUGGGGUGGCCCGUUGAAGUUAGCAGUCAUCCAGGUUGGACCGGCCAUGUUUCUACCAGCUGGAAAAUAGCGCCUGUGACUGAGCACGAGUGUACCAAGAAACAGAAAUUAUACGACGGUUCAAGUCACGUGUUGUAUUGGGCUGACGCCUGCUCUGAAAUCGCUUUCGUCAUUCCAUCUCAGUGCAAACCAAUAGAAGUAACGUCUGAACAAUCAAGUUUUAACUCAACCAACCUUUCAUCUUGGAGUGAUAAGCCUUGGACUGAUAAAAGAGCGUUGAGUUUGGACUUGGACAAACAACCAGUUCCACCAAAGAGGAUGUCACACAAGUCCAUAUUGCACCCUCACACUAACACAAAAAUAAUGGUUGUAUGGUUGGAGAGUUUCGAGGAUCAUCUAACUUUACCGAUAAGUGAUCUUCUCAAUUCCAUGAACACCGGUCUAGAAAAAGGAACCAACCAAAAAACUAGUGACGUUUUAGUGAUUUUUCUGCACAUAUUAUCUACGGGCUUGUUGAGGGUUCAUCUGCAAGGUCCUACAGGCAGAGUUGGACUAGCUUCUCCUCUAGUAGACGGUAUGGUUGUUAGCAGAAGAGCUUUAGGACCGCUAGUUCGACAUACUGCGAUGAAUAUGGCUAGAAGAAGAAGGCUGGACUCAGAUAGUUAUCAACCGCCACACCUUCGAAGAAGAUUGAAAAUCCAAGAAAUUGUCCAGAAAUAUAAAAGGGAAAUGAGCAAACCCGAAUUAUUGACAUAUUUAUUUAGUAGUACUUAAGUUACUUAGUUAAUUUAUAUAAAUAUUUAUUAUUUAUUGUUAAAAGUAUUAAAAGCAUAUUUAUUAUAUACCAUAA